AUGGGCCCGAUGCACUCCGCACCUCCUCCGUACGAGACAUCUCCUUCUCAACCCGCCCAUCAGACGCUCGGCGGCGGCGUUCCUGGUUCUGCACCUACGCCUAAGUCACACCGCAACUGCAAGUAUGCUGCCGAACAGGACUCGUCCAUGUUGUCCGACGGCUCCGAUGCCGAGGUUGGUGACAUCCAACGCCCGCCAAAGAGGAACUGUCUUCCCACCGGGGCGCCCUCCUCAGGACCGCACCCGGCGGAAUCGUCAUCUUUCGCCCCUCAGCGCAAUGGAGAGGGAACCGGACACUCUGCACUAGAGGAGCUCACCUCGCGACUGGACCGCUUGGAGAAGCAGUUCAUGAUCAAGAGCCCGGCAGGCACCGAGUUCAGCGGAGCUGGCCAGCGUUUGCCGCUAUCUCCAGAGACAAUACGAGGACUGACGGUAAAGAGAGGCGCUCUGAGAACGCGCUUUUUUGGUCAGAAUAGCUUCGACGAAGCCAAGGAUUUCAUGGCAAACCAGUCUAAGAUCGACGGUAUUCGAGACAUCAUGUAUGGCUUGCAGGUGCUUCACAAGAGGAUCCAAGAAGAGUACCGAAAGUCACUAUCGCCGAUAUCCGUCUUUGCCGACUCGGUAGUGCCUGUUAUGAAGCGCAUGCAGGAUAUUCUGCCCAAGAAGGCCAUCUGCGACAGACUGCUGACGUCUUACAUCGACACCUCCGAGACCAUUUACCGAAUGAUCCACGUACCCACCUUUAAGGAGCAACAUGAGCUAUUCUGGGAAGGCAAAUUGCCGGGGGAUGCUUUUCUCCCCCAGCUUCUGACGGUCUUGUCCAUCGGUUCAAGAUUUGAGACGAAAUCGAAAGGGCUUGGCCACGAACGCGUUGAGGGCGUACACAUUCCGACGGCAUGUGCGCUUGUCAGGUCAUGGCUGGACGGUUUGAAGGGCAAGCAGCUGGUUGACUUGACUACUUUGCAGACGGAGAUUCUACUGGUUCACGCGCAGAGAAUGACAACACCGCGACCGCAGGAUUCUUGGGCACAGUUGGGAUACAUCGUUCGGAUGGCCAUGACGAUGGGCUUGCACCGAGACCCGUCGGAAUUUGAACCGAGAGUACCGGUGUUCUUCGGCGAGCUGAGGAGGAGACUGUGGUUCACGAUUCUCGACAUGGACCUGCACCUGUCGCUGGCGUGCAACCUCUCGUGUCUCGUUCGCGACGGAGACUUUACCUGCCGACCACCACGAAACCUAGACGACAAGGACCUGUUCUUCGAGAUGAAAGAGCUGCCGCCCAGCAAGCCAAUCGAUCAGCUCACCGAUAAUCAGAUGCAGGUAUAUGCUGCUAUGACUCUAGGGGUACGAAUGCAGGUUGCGCACUUGAUCAACCGCGUCGAUUCGAUCAGGGACUACAGCGAGGUUCUCGAGGUUGGAACGAAACUGGACAGAUUCUUGGAGGACAUUAACUACUUGUUCCCGCGCCACGGCAUUUUGAACGAGGUUGAAAAGAGCAAGCAGUGGCGAUCCAGGGUCAUACUCGACAUGCACGUGCGACGGCCCUUGUUGGCACUCUACCGCCCCUUCGCCCUAGGAUUGCCAGACGCGCCGUCGCAGAUUUCCAGAGCAUAUCUACGGUCAUCCAUGGUCAUUAUGCGAUACCUCGACGAACUCGACCCCCUGCUCACCCACUUCCAAGACAUCAGCGACAUGUACCACAUGGUUUUGAAGAAGGAUAUCUUGCAGGCAGCUUUCAGUGUGUGCUUUUACAUCAAAGCAGCGAUAGAGUCGCACGCCAAUGGCAACACUCUGGGGAUCUCAUCGACCGUGGCCAUGUCUCCCGAUCCGAUGGACGACGGUGUUGCGUUCAGCACCGAGACUUUUGCGCUUUGGUCCCCGUCGCGCUUGAUUAAGACUGUGGAGAAAACGCUCAACUUGCUCGUCCGCAACGUUGGCGGCAACGACGUCAAGGACAUUGUUGCACUUUCCGUUGUUCUAUCAUCGGUGCAAUACACGAACCAGGAGCAAAAACUGCAGGACAUUCGACGCAGUCUCCAAAGCGUUCUGGACGCUUGCAAGACAGCCACCAACAACAAUCCCGAGAAGAUGUCCCUGCCAGUUACGACGCCAGCCGAUCCAAUGGACCCCUACAUGCAGACGAGAGCGCCAUUCAUGUUCCAUGCGAAUGCGUCGACGGCUGCGGUAAGUGACUAUGGCGGCUGGCAGCUGUGGGAAGGCUGGGACUGGGCUGAUUCGUGGUCGGCAGACUCCGGAUGA